AUGGCUUGUCUUGGGUUGCACCAGAGUAUCCCACGACUCAAGGAAGGUGGUAUGAAGGAGAAAACCUUCACAACCAUGUUCCGUGCUACUGAGAGGUACAGUAUGGCGAAGAAUAGGCUGCAAAAUAUGCCCAUGAAACGCACUAAGGUCGUCGCAUUCAUGACGACCCCUUCGCCUGUGAAGUUUCGCUGGGGACCACACGACCCAUCCACUUCAGUGGAGCAUACGAUCCAGCAUUCUCAAUCUCAUACAGAUUGA